AUGGCACCUCUCAAGCCUCAUUGGGCGCAGCCAUCGCACCCGGAUAUCCAACAAGUCAUCGUCAACGACGCCGAGUUCACAUCCAAGAGUCUGUCCAAAGUUACAAUUCUCGACACGGCAAACCUCGAGAUUCUUGCAGGUCCAAAGGGGUUGAAACCUGGUGAUGAGCUCACGUUCUUCUACCCCUCCACAGAGUGGGACAUGGCGCAACCAUUUGAUUGCCUGUGCCAAUCAGCCUCCUGCCGCGGCACAAUCACAGGCGCCCAGGGCAUGGACCCUCGAAAGCUCGAGGGCUACUGGCUGAGUGGCCAUGUUCGUCAGAUGCUGGAGGAGAAGAACACCGGCGAGGCAGCCAAUGCCCAUGCCGAUGUGCCAGACUCGGUAGGCGAUACGACAGCCCAGCUACUGAGAGCGGCUCUAGCCAAGGCCGAGGACGCCGCCAGCAAGGCCCGGGCGGCCCUGGACGGUUACACCAACACCAUGCUCGUGUCGUUGGAAGACGAGGCUGCCAAAGGGGCAGUUCCCAACACCGCAUAA